GGUGCUGACACACUUCCGGCCUUUGUGACUCAUUGUGUCUGUGUCGAGGCGUCGGGAGGGCCUAGGUCCGUGUGCGCUGCCCUUCGGCUGGCCUGAGCCCCAGAGUCAGCUCCCCUGUCUCGCCCAGCGCCCCCAGGCCGCUCCCGGGGCUCACGGAAUAGUACAGAAACAUUUUAAAACAUCCCCUGGGACAGAAAGGCAAGCACAGACCCUAUUUGGAUCAAGUUGGUUCCCUGAGCCUGAAUGAUGACUGCUGAAUCAAGGGAAGCCACAGAUCUGUCCCCGCAGGCUGCACAGGAGAAGGAUGGUAUCGUAAUCGUGAAGGUGGAAGAGGAAGAUGAGGAAGAGCACGUGUGGGGGCAGGAUUCCAGCCUGCAGGAGACGCCUCCUCCUGACCCAGAGAUAUUCCGCCAACGUUUUAGGCGCUUCUGUUACCAGAACACUUUUGGGCCUCGAGAGGCUCUGAGUCGGCUGAAGGAACUUUGUCAUCAAUGGCUGCGACCAGAAGUAAACACCAAGGAGCAGAUCCUGGAGCUGCUGGUGCUGGAGCAGUUCCUUUCCAUCCUGCCCAAGGAGCUGCAGGUCUGGCUUCAGGAAUAUCGCCCUGAUAGUGGAGAGGAGGCUGUGACUCUUCUAGAAGACUUGGAGCUUGACUUAUCAGGACAGCAGGUCCCUGGUCAAGUUCAUGGACCUGAGAUGCUCGCAAGGGGGAUGGUGCCUUUGGAUCCAGUUCAGGAGUCCUCGAGCUUUGAGCUUCAUCACGAGGCCACCCAGUCCCAUUUCAAACAUUCCUCUCGGAAACCCCGCCUCUUACAAUCACGAGCUCUCCCUGCCACCCACGUUCCUGCUCCUCUUCACGAGGGGAGUCCCAGAGACCAGGCGGUGGCAUCUGCGCUGUUCACAGCAGAUUCCCAGGCAAUGGUGAAGAUCGAGGACAUGGCCGUGUCCCUCAUCCUGGAGGAAUGGGGAUGUCAGAACCUGGCUCGGAGGAAUCUCAGUAGGGACAACAGGCAGGAGAACUAUGGGAACGUGUUUUCCCAGGGUGAAAACAAGAAUGAUAAUGAGGAGUCAACCUCAAAGGCUGAAAUUGUCGAAGACUCGGCAUCACAUGGGAAGACAGCAGGAAGAUUCCAGAAAGAGUUUGGAGAGAAACGUGAACAGCAGGGCAAAACAGUAGAAAGGCAGCAGAAAAACCCUGAGGAGAAAACUGGAAAAGAGAAGAAAGAUUCAGGGCCCGCUACAGUUAAGGACAAGAAAACCACCGCAGGAGAGAGAGGUCCAAGGGAGAAGGGUAAAGGAUUGGGAAGAAGCUUCAGUCUGAGUUCCAACUUUACUACCCCCGAAGAAGUUCCAACAGGAACAAAGUCUCACAGAUGUGAUGAAUGUGGUAAAUGCUUCACAAGAAGUUCAAGCCUUAUUCGCCAUAAAAUAAUCCACACUGGAGAAAAGCCCUAUGAAUGUAGUGAGUGUGGGAAAGCCUUCAGUCUUAACUCAAACCUCGUCCUGCAUCAGAGAAUCCACACAGGUGAGAAACCUCAUGAAUGUAAUGAGUGUGGCAAAGCCUUCAGUCAUAGUUCAAAUCUUAUCCUACAUCAGCGCAUCCAUUCUGGAGAGAAACCUUAUGAAUGUAAUGAGUGUGGGAAGGCUUUCAGCCAGAGCUCAGACCUCACUAAGCAUCAGAGAAUUCACACGGGGGAGAAACCCUAUGAAUGUAGCGAAUGUGGAAAAGCUUUCAACCGAAACUCAUACCUUAUUUUGCAUCGGAGAAUUCACACUCGAGAAAAGCCCUAUAAGUGCACUAAAUGUGGCAAGGCCUUCACUCGGAGCUCAACCCUCACUCUGCACCACAGAAUCCAUGCUAGAGAGAGAGCCUCUGAGUACAGUCCAGCCUCCUUGGAUGCAUUUGGUGCGUUCCUGAAAAGUUGUGUUUAAAGCAAGAAUUUGUCAUCAAGCCAUUUCCCCCUUUCUUUCUAAAAUUAUUUCAGAGAUGUGUGCUCAUGGAGGGAAAGAAAAAUAGCUUCAACAGUUUUUUUUUUUUUAAUCACACUUAAGGAUCCUUAUAGUUAUAUCAGCAGUGUUCUGCCUUUGUGUAAUCUGGGCAUGUAAUUCAUCUACACAGCCCCUACAGGGAAAAGCUAGUCAUGGAAAAUCCACAUGAUAUUUCCACACAAGAUAAAAGCACAUGUGUAGUAAAAUAUCAGGCUUUUCAGUAAUGAGGAUACCUUUAAGAUACUAUUGGAUUCUCAGCAAUCACAGCGUAUAAUUGAAAGACCAAGAUUAGCUCCAUGAACAUGAUGCCAAGGUUAAGAAACUACUUGCUGCAAACAAGCCCUACUUGGCCAACAUCUUACCUAUUUCUCAAAAAAAGAGGACUGUGAAAACAAAAACUGCAUUGGGACAUGCUGCUCUUGCUAGUUAUAUAUACAGUAAGUUAUAUAUAUGAUCACUGGUAGCCUACCAAAGCUAUAGAAAUCUAGGACUGUGCUAAUCAGUAUCAAACCAAAGAUUUCUAUCUCUUCCCGAAAGAGAGGGUAUGUGCACCAGUCUACAGUUCCAAAGGACUGCAACAAACGUAGAUGGUUCUAUCCUCAUCAGUGAGAUCAACUCUACUGAAAUGGCAACAACAAUUCAAUGACACUUCUCUCCCUUCUUGAAAUCCCUAAAGCACUAUAGCACUCCUGAAUGCAUUUCUCCACAAAUUAGCACUUGAUUGUAUACUGUUUUAAUCCUUCAUUGUUUCACGUAUGAAGUUUUAUUGCCCCCCAAAACGACAUGCUUCGAUUGUCAAGGGAUAUACUUCUAUUCCUGCCAACACAGCAUUGGACAUAGUGCUGAACACAUAAAAUGUACUCGUUGUGACUGGCUUCUAAUAGGACUUCUGCAUUCAUGAGGAAGGCCUGUGAAUCAUAAGUACCUGAAAUAUGGGAGCCUGGCCCACUUUUAAAGAGGACCUUCAGAGCCAAAAUGCAUGCUAAACCUCUAGGGUCUAAUGCUAUUUUUGUCCCAAACAUAAAUGAGAGGCACUGGUUAGCUGCCUGCAUAGACUUUCUAAAUACAGAUUGGUGAGGAAAUACCAUGGAAUGUCAGAAAUAACUCCGUUGUCAUGUUAAAGAAGAAAAAUAUGAACACCAACUAAGGUCAUUUUUUUGACAUUGUUCUGUGGCAAAGAUCUUAGCCAGAAUUUUCUUGUCAGCUGCUGAACAAUAUGAUUAUUUGGGCACUUUCUGAAUUGUUUGUAGCUUAGAUACUGGAGUUCAGAAGAUGUGAUUUUUGUUACUUUUCACAAAAAAGGAAAGUUGUAGGGAGCAUUUUUUCCACACUUUUCCAGAAACUUUACAGAAGCAUUAAUCAUCACUAGCUGGCAAUUAUUAAAUGUAUUUUGUUCUGAGAAGUUCACAGCUUACUUACUAAGAUGUGGUUGGCUGUAUCGUAGUCAUAGUGCCCGUGUCUUUUCUGUUUUUCAUCACUAAAAACUGAGAUGAAGUUAUGAAACUUCCGUCCUUCCCAUCAUCUGUGCAGGAGGAUGCCGUUGGCUAGUGACAUAAGCUAAUGACAGAGACUGUUUGACACAACCAAGAGACCUAAGUAUUGUGGGCUCUAUAUAGACAGUCGUCAGGAACUUGGGUAGAGAUGGCUUUGCUCAUGAGUGUUCAGGUGAUUGUGGACAGCCCUGCAGACACUAGAAACAAAGACUAAGGACAAAUCUGAAGAUUAUCAGUAUGACCACCCCAUAAUGGGAGAUUGAGAUUAAGUAGUUUGAGGUUUUCCCAUAAGAAACAGUACUAAAACUACGGCUCCUUGGUCAUUCAUUGACCAACAGCUAAAGUCCACGAGACAGUUUUAUGUGGAGCCGAUGAGGCGGGGGUAAAUGUGGCCUCAACUCCAGACCAAACUAAAGUUCUGCGCACCAGUCAUUCUUUGGCCCCUCCCUGGUUUUAUUACUUAGCCUGACCACAACUUCACUGUAGCUUCUAAACGGUUUCAUCAGUGUUGCCUGGGAAAACUUACCAAGUAGUAAGCAAGCCAGUCACCAGAAUGUUUCUACCUAUUCAACUGAAGAAAAACUGCAGAGAUACUCCAGAGGAGUAUAGCUAAGUAACUUUUUAUAGUGAAGUGGAGGUAGAAAUGCUUUAAGGAUUGCCUUCAAAGAAUGAGCCACAGUACUGGUUGCUUAGAAAAUUUCUGACACUUUUGAGCAAGGACUUUUGCCCACUAGAAAGCAACUGAGAGUGAGGUGCGUAAUUCCAGGCACCAACCUAAGCACUGACUUUGUUCUUAAGAGGAAAAGGACUUUGGUCAGUUCCGCGUUGGCCUUUUUUUAAGCCACAGCUACAUGCUGUGGUGUAGUUCAGCCAUCACGUUGGGGUUUUGUUUUUAAAUGAAAGUUAAAUGUGACCUGCGCCCUCACUUUUAAUUCCCAUUAUAUUGGGCUGUCUCACUGACUUUGUCGGAUACCCACUUUGGAUCUGCAGCAGAUGCACUCCUUGAAGCAGCUAUUUGAAGAUGUGUUUUUCUAAGGACAACAGGCUACAACUGUUUAUUGAAACCAUUUGCAUUACAUUUAUAUAUCAGAUGUGAAGUAGAAAGGGUAGUUGGGUCAUGGUCAAAAAUGCUUGCAACAUCUGGUUAGCGCUCAGGAUAGUCGUUCAAAAGUUCUGGACUGAGGGAAGUCUGUUAACAAUGUCAGUGCUCCAUCAGCAAGCUAUUUGGCCUAAUGGAAGUUUUUGAAGAGUCUUUAAAAAAUACCUUUCCCUUGCCAGGAAGAGAGGUAAAAUUCUUCAAGUUGUGGGGUAUUUAUUUCCACUCCAGCCUAGCAGGCAAGGCUAAAAACUGAGACUAUAGAUGUAUGAGACAUGUUGGCACUCAAUAUUAAAGGCUAAAAGUGAAACUGUGCUAAAUAUGUGUAGAGAGAGUGACAUGUUUGAUAUAUGUGGCGGUUCAACAUCUUACAUACAUCAGAGAAUUUAUUUCAGAAAGGAACCUCCUGAAUGUGAUAAAUAUGGCAAAGCCUUUAAUCACAUCUC